AUGUCGGAUGCGCCAUGCUCUCGUACCCCGUCGCAUCCUACUACUGCCACACCCAUGGCCGCCCGUAGCAACGAACCUUCUACCAUGCACGUCGACACCGACGACGGUAGUGCGGCUGCCAGCCGUACCGCUCCUCCGCUGCCAUCAAUUCAUACUCAUCACCACACCUUGUCCUCGGAUCUCACUCCCUCGACUCUGCCCUCGUCGUCUUCCAACUCGAACAUACUGGCCUUCCGUCACAACCACGCUGCCAGCGCUGGUCUCCAGAUUAGAACUGACCUGCCAUCAGCCUUUGCUAAUCGCAAGCAGUCGAGCAGUCAGCAAGAAGUCCCCGACUCGUUCCGCUCAAGUCAAUCAGCAGCCUCCCCGUUGCUGACACCAGCACUACGCCAUAAUCUGUCUACCUCCAGCUUGAGUCCCAAUUCCGCUCUUGCUUCGCCCGCUCUGGCUGCUAUGCUCGAUAUCACCCCCUUGCCGUCUCCCAUCAUGCUCAACGACCCCAACUCCCCUGGGCCGUGGAAGAGGAUACGAAGCGGUCAUUUUGACAACAACACAACCAUGAGACCGCCCUCGAGACUCGCUUCCUCUCCCCCGACGACAAGCAUGCUAUCCUCAAUGUCUGGACCGCCCGGCUCGCCGCACAAGAAAAAGAAGGGAUACGGGAGUUUGGUACACGCUGCUGUUGAGGGUCAGGCCGGCCAGAACGUAGACCUGGUCAUGCGCAAGCAACACAACCGCAAUCGCAGCAUCAGCGACUUCGUUCCCGAAGCCAUGCACAAUGUGAGGCCGAGAAACGUCACUAUCGGACCUGCGGGUCUGCACAUCACUACUACGCCGCCCAAUGAGCAGCCAAUGCAGAGAGAGCAUUACCUUGCUCAGCAGCGUGGCUAUGUACAACCCUCGGCCUCUUCAGACGACGAGCGUAAGAGUUCUGAUCAUGCCCAAACGCAAGCAACGUCCAUGUUGAGAGCCUCUGUCGACUCGGCAAAGGUUCUGCCGUCACCACCUUCUUCGAGCAAGGGCAUCAGGGAAGGAGAAACAGAGGACGUUGACAUGCAGAGUGUGUGUGGGGCAGAGGAUAGCGACGCUGAGUACUUCGUUGUCCGAUCAGCACAUGAAGACCACAAGCGGAAAUGGCGAUCAAUACGAACUCUUGGUCAAGGUACUUUCAGCAAGGUCAUGCUGGCUACGUCACAACAGCUGCCAUCGGGCACACCUUAUGAUGAGAAACAUCUGGAUUCGCGAAAAUUGGUUGCUGUCAAGAUCGUUGAACACGGCCCUGCUGGAGGUGCUGACGAAGAGCGUAUCGAGGUAUCUUUGAAGCGAGAGGUCGACAUUCUGAAGAGCGUGUCACAUCCGUCAAUUGUGCAACUCAAGGCGCUCGAGUAUACCGACGAACGAGCCUUAUUGGUUCUGAGUUACUGCCCAGGAGGUGACUUGUUCGAACUGGCGAGUGAACAUCGCAGCAUCCUACAGCCCAACUUGGUCCAACGCAUGUUUGCCGAGAUGGUAAGCGCAGUUCGCUACCUGCACAACAACUACAUUGUCCAUCGCGACAUCAAGCUCGAGAGUAAAAUUUGUCGAACGUUUCUGUUCCUGUUCCUCUUACUAACGAAUCACAACANNGACGUCUUGGUCGUGCCUGCCUACAAUGCCCUCUCGCACCUCGAAAAUCCUCAGACUCAUCCUUACCCGCUGAUCUGUCUCACCGACCUCGGGCUGUCUCGUCGCAUUCCUGCACCUCCAGCGUCACCACUGCUCACAACCCGCUGCGGCAGUGAAGACUAUGCCGCCCCUGAGAUUCUGCUCGGCCAACCCUAUGACGGCCGCAGCACAGACGGCUGGGCCCUGGGUGUCCUGUUAUACGCCUUGAUGGAAGGCCGCCUGCCCUUCGACUGUCCACCCGGCAAACCCGAACGAUCAAGGCCUUCGCAUCGUAUAGCCCGCGCAGACUGGAUGUGGUGCAAAUAUGGUGACGAAGAUGGAGAGUGGGACGAUAAGAGAAAUGACACGAAAGAGUUCAAGGGCUGGGUUGGAGCAAGAGGUGUCGUCGAGGGCCUGCUCAAGAAGGUUCGGAUGGGAAGGAAAGCAUUGACCGACAUCGAGGAGAUGGAAUGGGUCAAGGACGGGAUACAAGUUGAGGGAGGAUUGAAGGCUCUUGACGAAUCUCCGCCCUUAUGA